AUGGCUAGUCUGAGAAAACGAAGGAUGGAUGUGAAUGAGUGUUGUCCUAGCUGCAAGGCAGAUAAGGAGAAUGGUAUCCAUGUUGUCUGGUUUUGUAAGCAAGCAAAGCAGGUUUGGCGUUCUUGGCAGGUAGCUAAAAGAAUAUCACCCGAAAGAUGGUGGAGCACUAAGGACCUCCUGCUGCUAGGUUUUAAUGUCCUGACUAAGCAGGAAUUCAUGAUAUUUGGGGUUCUCCUAUGGCUAAUAUGGAACAGAAGAAACUGUGGGCUGUUUAACACGCCCUGUAAACCAGUGGACCAAACGCUGGAUUGGGCCAAAGCCUAUGUUGAGGACUUUGAGAAAGACAAGCAAGGGAAGGACAAGAUCGAUCCUAGAAGAAGAGAGAAUGAGAACUUGGCCAGUGACAUGCGUUGGAUCCCACCAGAUAAGGGAGUUUUCUGCGUUAAUGUGGACGCAGGUUUUAGCAAUUCUGAACACACUUUUUCUUCUGGGGUAGUCAUUAGAAAUCACCAAGGCAAGGUCCUAGUGGCGAGCUGUAAUAGAUAUGAAGGGAAACCUAUGGUGAGUACAGGAGAAGCAGUGGCGAUUAGAGAUGGUUUUUGCAGAGCAAUGGAAGAAGGUCUAACUCCCUUUAUCCUCUACUCAGAUUCUAAGGUAGUAGUGGACCUCUUCACCAACAAAGAAUUGGUCUGUAAUGAAGCGAGCUUAAUAGUUCAGGAUUGCAUCUUUUUGAACUCAAGUAAGAUAUGUAAAAAUAUUUUGUAUGGCAGCAGAAACACUAAUAGGGUAGCUCAUCUCCUAGCAAGAAAGGCCCUAACUGAGCAUGCUGUGGCCAACAUAUGGAGAGAAUUUGUUCCUCCUAAUAUUCUUCAAUCUGUAAUGGUUGAUAUUCAGCUUAUUGAUUAA